AUGGCUAUUGCCGAACGAUACGGCGAGAUUCCAGCAGCUAUGCUCGAUGCCUCUACAACUAAUGAAGAUACGUUCAUCAAAAUCGCUGCGGACGUCAUAACCAGUGAAAAGAUACAGGAGAUAUGCAGUCCUACUCACCCGACGAUUGCUCGCAAACACUACAAGUCACGCAUUGGGAAAAAGUCUGAACGACGAAUCCAAACACCCUCUGCACCUCACCUCAAAUCCUUCCUCUACUCCUUCUCCCUCCUCGCCAUCCCAUACACCACCCGCCUCACUAGCUGGUUCAGAAGCGCACCAACAUAUGGCCAAAACCAAUUAUUCACGACUGGCCUUGUGGUUCUUCUCUACAACGUGUGUUAUCUCACUCUUAGCCCAGGGUUCGAGAUUCCUUUGGCGCAGGCGGGUGAUGGAUUGAGUAGUUUGUGGGUUGUGGGUUGCAGCGGAAAGCUUGGCGGCGUUUCGGCGCUCUAUUCCUGCUUUGUCUCGGUCGCAUUCUACUGUCCCGCUACUCUUACCUCCAACCCCUCCCUCAACUUUGCCCAAGUUCUUCAAGCUAUUACUGCUAGUCCUGCUCGUGCAGCCAGGAGAGAUGGUGGAUAA